CUGAGUUGGUCGCCCGACUCCCUCUCUCCAUUCGGCACUGCGACGAUGUCGUGUCUGAUCUUCGGUUGCCGCGGCAUUGGGCGUGCGUUGGCCAUGCGGAUGAGCGCCAGGGGCGUCCCGGUGCAUCUGGCGUCCAGGAGCGAAGAUCACCUCAAGCAGUUGGCCUCAGAGCUCCCAAACACGACGUAUACGGUGUGCGACGUCACCAAGGUGAGGAACAAACAUGGCAGAGAGCGGGCACGGAGCUGUCUUUCUGUAUGCUGUCUUCCCUGUGUUGUGUGCGCGUGGAUGCAGGAAGGUGACAUCAAGAGGGCGUAUGAGGAGGCGAAUGACCAGGCAGGCGCCAUCCAGGGACUCGCCUAUGCCGUUGGUCGGUAGCCGGCUCUCAUACAACACUCGUCUAUCCAUCUGUCUGAGUCUGUCUGUGUGCAGGUUCGAUAGUCCUGAAGCCCUACAAGUCGGUGACGCGCAAGGAUCUCAUGCAGACCUUCGAACUCAACGCCGCAUGUGCCAUCGAAGCCGCCACCACAUGCGCACCCACGUGAGACGACAGAGCAACGCGAACCAAGACACUCCCAUGUGUCCAUCGAGAUGUGUCCUGUAUGUGUGCAGCCUGAAGGAUAGCGGUGGGUCGAUUGUGCUGUUCUCCACCGUUGCGUGUCACGUGGGGCUUCCCAACCACACCAUCAUCGCCGCCGCCAAGGGUACACGGACACACACAUAUGGCACAUGGCACAGGAAUGUGCUCAUCGGUUGACACCUGCAGGUGCUGUGGAGUCGGCUACUCGCAGCCUGGCGGUGGACCUGGCGCCAGACGUGCGCGUCAACUGCAUCGCACCCUCACUCACACGGUUACACAUACACAGUGGGUGUAUACGCGUUGCCUGGACGCUUCUCCCUGGUGUGUGUGCAGGUCGUCCCUAUCAGCGAGCAUGACCAAGAGUGAGGCGAUGGCCAACGCCAUCGCCGCCAUACACCCGCUGGGCAGGAUCGGCGAGCCUGACGACAUCGCGUCACUGGCCGCCUUCCUGCUUACCAACGAGGACAGCGGCUGGAUCACCGGACAGGUCAACGACACAGAUGAACAGCGUUGCAUUAUGUGCUAGAAUACUUACGGGCGAUGUGUGUGUGGAUGGAUGGAUGGAUGGAUGGAUGGAUGGAUCAGGUGAUUGGUGUGGAUGGCGGGCGGAGCACUCUGUCACCUGCAGCGCCGGCUAAAGCGAAGAAAUGAGGCGGCUCUGUCGGCGUGAGCGUGCUCGAGGGUCCCCCGCUGUUGUGGAUAGAUAGGAGUGACCUUACCUUUCUCGUGUAUGCCCUAGCUAUGUAGCUGUAGCAGGUGUGCUUUCAUCGGUCGCAGACCACAGUGACUCUCCUUCGCUCCUCGAUAUGCUAUGCUUGGUUGUAUGUACAUACGUCUGCGCAUGCUCAAGAACAUCAGCGAGAGCGUCUGCUUUUGGUCAAGAACAUCCCAAGACUCGAACUCGAGCUGGGUUUCGAGUCUGGGAUGUUCUUGGCAAUGAGCAGACGCUCUCGCUGAUGCAGGAACCGGGGAUCACACACACGCAUACGUGAAUGAUGCCCUCCUACUGACGGCUCGCAUCCAACCAAUAUGCGGCCGUAAUGAACGUC